AAAGAAUCACUUCAACUGAAAUAGCCCCUUGUCACAAAAUCUUUGUUUUGCUUUUACAAUUUCUGUGUUUUUUGUGAGUUUUUCUUGAAUUUCUCGGGAAAAAGGAUUUUCGGUGGGAAAAUAGUAUGGAAGAGUGGUCAGUUUGUCGCCUUUGCCUGCAAUCCUCAGAAUACGCCCUCAAGUCCUUUCCGGAUGAGUUAUUUGACCAGAUACCCUACUACAACAUCUACUUUGAGAUUGUCGGCAUCACCCUUGUGGACUACACAACAUUCCCCAAUAAGAUUUGUCUCGUGUGCGAGGAUGAGAUGCUGCGGGCGUACAAAUUCCGCCAGAAGUGCUUGGAGACGGAGGAGAAGCUAAAGGAUAUGGUGGGAGGUGAUGAGAAAAUUGAAUUUGUCGAACCCAUUGAGCCCACUGCUGCACCAGUGGAUGAUCUGGAGGAUGAUGAUGGGACUGCUGAUGACACCAUGAUGGAGCAAUACAUCCAAAUGAAGCAGGAAAGUUCAAAUGAGCAGCGAAUUGCUGUAUCACAGGCCGGGGGAAUAACUCCCAAGAAGUUGAAGGAAACAUCAAGUCCAGGUGGUGAGAAGAUCCGAUGCAAACACUGUAGGAUCAUCUUCCUGGGCAUGGAUGCAUUCUACGAUCACAAAUGCUAUGAUAUUGCAAAAGUCGAGACACCCGUGGAGCCAAGCAAGGAGGGCAGUGGCGGCGAUAAGAACCCCAAGAAGAUUGAACGGCGCCUGUUUAAGUGCAACGAAUGCGGGCAGACGUUUCAGAUGCGUUCGAUGAUCCUCAGUCACAUCGAGAAGCACAAUAAGAUGAAAAAGUAUCAGUGCCAGUACUGCAAUAGGAGAUUCUACAAAGCUGCCAUACGGAAGGCGCACAUCUACCGCCAUCACUUCCGGAAGACGUUGGAAUUCAAGUGUCCACAGUGUCCGAAUGAGUACAACAAGGGCAGUGAAUUGCGACAACACAUAAAGGAGGCACACAAGGAGGAGAUCACCUACCAGUGCGAUCGCUGUGGGAAAAACUUCAAAAGUAGCUCCAUCCUCACGAGUCACAUGAAGAUUCAUUCGGACAAGGUGACCUGUGCUCAGUGUGGGAAGGAAUUGAAAAAUCUGCGCACGCUGGAGCGUCACAUGGAAAUCCAUUCGGGACAGAAGAACUACGUCUGCCCCGUGUGCUCGCGUACCUUCACGUGCAAUUUCUCCGUGAAGAAUCACGUGCGGAAAAUCCAUCCGGAUGAUGUGCAUUUACUCCCACCCGAUGGGACAGUGGUGAAUAAGAGGUACUUGGAUCGAAUGGCAGCCACUCAUCGUCGGAAGGACAGUGGCGUUAAAAUAGAAGAGACUCAAGCCAUUGAUGCAUGUACCAGUGAAGCCGUUGAGUCGAUAAUUCACAACUAGGAGCAUAAAAGCAUAAUUUUAUGCAUUUUCUAUGCGAGAAAUCUUUCUUUCAACACACGACUAUCAUGAUUUUGUGGCAUAAAAAUUAUAUACAAAACACCCCACAGUGGUGGAUGAGGACACAAUAUACUGAUUUUCUUACCGUUUUAAUGCAUUAAAAUCAGAACAUUUUGUCCUUGAUUCACUUUUUUACUUACUUAGAAUUUAUGGUGAUUUUAAGUAAAUAAAUAAAUGUAAUUUCUAGUAGAAAAAA